AUGAAUGCCGGCCCACUACAUCCCAGCUCGAGACUCGCGGCAUCGUACAGCAUGAACGAGGACAGCGCGCGUCUCGUCGUCUCGUCCUUAUCAAAUGGCUACAAGUUCCUGCACCUCCUCAACGGCGCCAAGACGACCGAUAGCCCCGAACACAAGACCGUUGUCGACCUGAUCCAGCGGAACAUGUCCCGCCGUAAACCCCCCACCCCACGCAAGGAGCCCACGCCACAGGCCCCACGCAAAUAUCUCAUUACCCGGAUCCCGAACCCAAGAUACGACCCGGGGGAGUGGGCGUUGUUAGAGACAGGCAGAGAGUCGAGCGGAGAGACGAAUGGAGAGACGAGUGCAGAGACGAAUGGAGAGACGAGUGCAGAGACGAGUGCAGAGACGAGUGCAGAGACGAGUGCAGAGACGAGUGCAGAGACGAGCGCAGAGACGAGUGCAGAGACGAGCGCAAAGACGAGUGCAGAGACGAGCGCAGAGACGAGCGCAGAGACGAGCGCAGAGACGAGCGCAGAGACGAGCGCAGAGACGAGCGCAGAGACGAGCGCAGAGACGAGUGCAGAGACGAGCGCAGAGACGAGUGCAGAGACGAGCGCAGAGACGAGCACCGAGACAAGCGGAGAGCCGGGCAGAGUCGAAAGCAGAGAGCCUCGCUUCUUCUACGCGCCUACAGAGCCGGCCCGCCUCGCCAGUCAGCUCGGCGGCUCCGGCAUCCGCCGCGUCCCCUACGUCGCCAUCACCGCGUUCCAAGACCCGUUCCUGCGCAUGAAGAAGCCCCAGCCCCUGAGCUUGGGCAUGGCGCUCAAGCGUCGGAUAGAGCAGAGGCAGGCUCGGCUCGACCAUCGUGUCAAGUUCAAGGAGGGCGGCAAAUGGAUGGCGGCGCUCGAGGACCAGUGGGAAGACCUCAUAGCCGGUGGCGGCCGCGGCAGCGGUGCCGUGGACGAUGGCGAGGCAACAUAUGUCGAGGCCAUUGAUCUGUCGAUCAGGUUUAUGGACCAUAUCGACGAGAUGGAUCAGCUGGAUCAGCUUCACAGGGCGGCGACGCUGAACGUGAUUGAGGGGAGGGAGAGGGCGCUGGCUGAAAAGGAGGCGGCUGAUAGGGCGCUGAGUGAAGAGGGGGCUGCUAGGGCGCUGACUGAAGAGGCGGCUGCUAGGGCGCUGACUGCAGAGGCGGCUGCUAGGUCGCUGAAGAGGCUGAUGCUAGAGAGGAGAGCGAUGCUUGGGGGCCAUGGUAGGGGAAAGAUGAGCUCGUCCAAAACUGCGUAA